CGGACGUAUUGCUGUCACUAAACCGGAUUUGACAGUCGGCGACGGGUCCGAUUACCCUUCCUUGUUUUUUCGUCGUAGAAGUUCGCUUCUUCCAUCUGGUUGGUGUCUCUUGGAGUUGGAGCCCCAAACGAAGAAAACAAAGAUAACAGAUUCAUCGUCCGGAGAGGAAACCCUAAUUUGUUAAUCUUCCUUUCGGUUAUUCAAUCUACGGAUGUUUUGAUGUGCAGUGUCCGAUCCCUGGAUUGGCUGCUGUAUGGACGCUUUAUGCUGUGAAUUUGUCGGCUCUGUCAGUGAUUGUUCGAGUUUGCGGCUGCUUGUUUUGAACCGAGCUGGUGUUUCUCGUUGUUAGGGGUUGAGACAUGGAUUUGGUUACUAACUGCAAGGAUAAACUUGCAUAUUUCCGGAUAAAAGAGCUGAAGGAUGUGCUCACUCAGCUGGGACUUUCAAAACAGGGAAAGAAACAGGACCUCAUUGACCGGAUUUUGGCUGUUCUCUCUGAUGAACAAGCUUCCAGGCUGUGGUCUAAGAAGAAUAUUGUGACAAGGGAUGAUGUUGCAAAGCUAGUUGAUGACACCUAUAGGAAAAUGCAAGUGUCUGGGGCUAGUGAAUUAGCAUCAAAAGGACAAGUUGGCUCAGACAUCAGUAAUGGGAAAGUUAAGGGGGAAAUUGAAGAUCCCUUUCAAUCGGAUAUAAAAGUUCGAUGUCUUUGUGGAAGUUCUCUAGAGGCGGACUCAAUGAUACAGUGUGAGGACCGGAGAUGUCAUAUCUGGGAACAUGUUGGCUGUGUUAUUAUUCCGGAGAAGCCUAUGGAAGGAAACCUGCCUCUUCCUGACUCAUUUUACUGUGAACUAUGCAGACUUGCCCGUGCUGACCCAUUUUGGAUCACGGUGGCACAUCCGUUGUUUCCAGUGAAGUUGACUGCUACAGCUAUCCCAACUGAUGGUACAAACCCAAUGCAGAGUGUGGAGAGAACAUUUCAAAUCACAAGAGCAGACAAGGACUUGGUGGCCAAACAAGAGUAUGAUGUUCAGGCGUGGUGUAUGCUUUUGAAUGACAAAGUUCAGUUCAGGAUGCAGUGGCCACAAUAUACUGAUCUUCAAGUCAAUGGUGUACCUGUCCGUGCUAUUAACAGACCAGGGUCACAACUUCUAGGGGCCAACGGCCGCGAUGAUGGACCAAUUAUAACGCCUUUUAUUAGAGACGGCGUUAACAAGAUAUCCUUAAAUGGAUGUGAUGCUCGCAUUUUUUGCUUUGGGGUUAGACUUGUGAAGCGAAGAACACUUCAGCAGGUCCUAAAUAUGAUUCCGGAGGAGGCUAAAGGUGAGCCUUUCGAGGAGGCUCUCGGCCGUGUGCGCCGAUGUGUUGGAGGUGGAACUGGAGGUGAUAAUGCUGACAGUGACAGUGACAUUGAAGUCGUUGCAGAUUUCUUCACUGUCAAUCUCCGUUGUCCUAUGAGCGGUUCCAGGAUAAAAGUUGCUGGGAGAUUUAAACCCUGUGCACACAUGGGCUGUUUCGACCUUGAGGUGUUUGUGGAGCUGAAUCAACGUUCCAGAAAGUGGCAGUGCCCUAUUUGCUUGAAGAACUACUCACUAGAGCAUAUAAUCAUGGACCCUUAUUUUAACCGUGUCACAUCUAAGAUGAGACACUGUGAUGAAGAUGUGACUGAAAUUGAAGUGAAGCCUGAUGGUUCUUGGCGUGUGAAGUCCAAAAGUGAAUUGGGUGAACUCACACAGUGGCACUUGCCUGAUGGUAAUCUCUGCCCCUCCACUGAUGAGGCUAAACCAAAAGCGGAAACAUUGACCGCAGUUAAACAAGAAGGCUGUUCGGAUGGUCCGACUGGUCUGAAACUUGGGAUAAGGAAGAAUCGCAAUGGUAUUUGGGAAGUUAACAAACCUAAUGCGAAUGGUUUUUCUACCAGUAACAGAGAAGAGAAGUUUGGAUACCGACAGGAGCAGCACAUCAUACCGAUGAGUAGUAGUGCCACUGCAAGUGGUAGGGAUGGUGAUGACCCGAGUGUAAAUCAGGAAGCUGUCGGAGCCUUUGAUUUUGUAAGCAAUGGGAUAGAACUUGAUUCAAUGCCCAUGAAUGUUGAUUCAGGCUAUAACUUUGCCGACCGGAGUCAACCUGCAGCAGCUGGAAAUCAGGACGUCAUUGUUCUAAGUGAUUCAGAUGAUGAAAAUGAUGUCCUGAUCACAUCUGAACCCACCUACAAUGGCAAUCAAACUGAUAGCGGGGUAAAUUUUCCGCUUCACCUGCCUGGUAUGAUGAAGUCUUAUAAUGAAGGCCCAAACACAGUGGCUGUAGGUCAUUCCGGAAUGGGUCUUUUCGACGACGAUGAUUUUGAUCUGCCUCCAUGGCCGUUGCCUCCUGAAACACAAGGAGGUCCUGGGUUCCAACUAUUUGCACCUGAGGCCGAGAUCUCAGAAGAUAUGGUCGGUUUGCAGCCCGGGUCACUGAACUGUGCCCCUGCAGUAAAUGGUGGGUACACCAUGGUUCCCGAGACAUCGAUGGCAUCUGCUCCCAUGGUUCCGGAUUCAGCCGGCCUAUCUGAAGCAGACGGAAAUGAUGGCUUAGUUGAUAAUCCUCUGGCGUUUAGCAGAGACGAUCCUUCACUUCAAAUAUUUCUACCAACAAAACCCGAUGCCUCAGCUCAGUCCAAUUAUAGAAACCAAGUUGAAUUGCCAAACAGUAUCCGCAGUGAUGAUUGGAUCUCGCUUAGGCUUGGAGAUAGCGUGUGCGGGAAUCAUGAAAAUCACGGAGAGGUGGCACCAGAUAACGGGCUUAACGCAAACCAGCCAUUAAUGUCCGGAAGGGAAGACACGUUGGAUACAUUGACAGAGACCGCUUCAUUGCUUUUGGGUAUGAAUGAGAGUAGACCAGAGAAAGCAAGUAGACAAAGAUCAGAUAGUCCCCUCUUGAUCCCUCGGCAGAAGCGUUCUGUAAGACCCAGGCUGUUUCUCUCCAUUGACUCGGAUACCGAGUGAUAUGGCGUGAAUGAUUUUUCCGGCUGGUAGAUUCCACCAUGUCUAUACAUUACCCUCCCGUUCGCUCCAAGUUGGCAUGGGGUUUUCGGGUGUCAUUUGGUUCUUAACACUAUCAACAGAACAAUCAUAAGGAUCAAACAUCUGGUGGGAUUUUACCGAGAUAUCCUUGAUUCUCUUCGCUCGCACUGAUGAAGCACUGAAAGCAGAGAUUUUUAAGUUAAUGUAGAAGGGGAGAGGUCUGCUGAUUCAAUUUUUUUCGUGGUAAUAUGGAUACAUACAUGUCAGAUAGGUUUUUUUUGGAGUGAAGAGUGCAAAACAGAGAAGCUGAGUUUCUGUUUAGGAAACAGAGAAGUGAGCCUGUAAAUGUCCGCUCUUUUUACCAAAAAAGAAAACAUUGAAAAAAAAAUCUCAUUAGUUUCCUUUGCAACUACAUAGAUGUGUAAUACUGCAUGUGUAUGUAUAUGUUGUAUAUAUGUAUGGAUGUAUAUGAUGAAACCACACCAUUGGUAGAGA